CGGGACAGAAUCCUCUCUGGGGAAGGGACUUCAGGGUUUCUCCACACGAAUUCCAAACGACGAUCCGCUCCAACUUUGCGGCUCUUUGCUGCAGAACUGCCGCGCAGGCCCGCUGCCCUUUGCUGGACUGGGAACGCAGGUGCUGAGCGCCGCCGACCGACCUUGCAAGAAAUGGCGGCAGGUCUUUUGAAGACAUCGUCUCUGUCUGCAAGGACAAAAUUGCUACCUCAGAUGGGGCUGUCACCUUAUAAUACAUCUCAUGGCUUCUUUGAAGAAGAAGUAAAAAAAAAACUUCAGCAAUUUACUGAUGGAUCCGUUGACCUUCAGAAGGAAGACAGUGGCAUUGGCAUUCUUACUCUGAACAAUCCAAGGAAAAUGAAUGCGUUCUCAGGUGUUAUGAUGCUACAACUUCUAGAAAAAGUAGUUGAAUUGGAAAAUUGGACAGAGGGGAAAGGCCUCAUUGUCCGUGGGGCAAACAAUACUUUCUCCUCAGGAUCUGAUCUGAAUGCUGUGAAAGCACUAGGAACUCCAGAGGAUGGAGUGGCCUUAUGUAUGUUCAUGCAAAACACCUUAACAAGAUUCAUGAGACUUCCUUUAAUAAGUGUUGCAUUGGUUCAAGGAUGGGCAGUGGGUGGAGGAGCAGAAGUCACAACAGCAUGUGAUUUCAGGUUAAUGACUCCAGGAAGUGAGAUCAGAUUUAUCCAUAAGGAGAUGGGUUUAAUACCAAGCUGGGGUGGCACCACCCGGUUGAUUGAAAUAAUCGGCAGUAGACAAGCUCUCAAAGUGUUAACUGGGGCCUUCAAACUGGAUUCAGAAAAAGCUUUAAACAUAGGACUGGUCGACGAGGUCUUGCAGUCUUCAGAUGAAACUCAGUCUCUAAAAGAGGCACGAGAAUGGCUACAGCAGUUUAUCAAAGGGCCACCAGAAAUAAUUAGAGCUUUGAAAAAGUCUGUUUCUUCAGGCAGAGAGCUACGCUUAGAGGAGGCAUUACUGACUGAAAGAGAUCUUGUAGGGACAGUUUGGGGUGGACCCGCAAAUUUAGAGGCUGUUGCUAGGAAAGGAAAAUCUAGUAAAUAAUUCGUUUUUAAAAAAUGUGAAGUAUUACAAGUAAAGCUUCAGUGGUUAAUAUGUAUAAAAGUUAAAUGCUAGAAUUACUUUGAAGGCUACUACUACUAUUUCAGUGUUUCUAAUGUUUUUAAUACCUGAACUCUGGCUUAAUUUUCAGUGUACUUAUUUACCUAGUAAAUGGGGACAUUUUAAUGAAAUAUAUAACAUAUUUAGCUUAAAAAUUGGUUAUCAAUUCUCACAUUCCUACAGUGGUUCUUAGCCUAUAACCAAUAAUCAUUUUUAAAAAGGAGUAACUUCUACACAAAAUCUAUUCCCAGGGUUAUUUUCCAUAAAGUCUUUGUCUCGUUUUAUUUACAAAAAUAACUGAACUUGCAAUUAAAAACAAAAGAGGGGAGGGGGGUAUGAGCAGUCAUUUUCUUCUGCUCCAAGCUGCUGGAGUAAAAAUCAUGGUGUUUCUUUUACCCUUUUUUUUAAAAAAAUCACUCCCUCCACUACAAAUUUGGAACCUUGUUUAUUUGAUCUUUUUAGUAAUUAGUUUUCUAUUUUGUUAUCUUCAAAAUAAUGAUAGCUG